UAAAGAUUGAAAAAAAUUAAAAAAAAAAUAAAUAAAUAAUUAUAAAUUUCGUGAUUAAAACCAAACAAAUCGUUAAACAGUAUUAUUGUUUUUGUUUUUUUUUUAAAUAAUUAUUAAAUACACAUAAUUAUUUUGUUGCUAGUAUUACACUAUGAAUUUAAAGACUACCUUGGGAAUUUGCAUUUUAUGUGCUGCUUUCCAAAUCUAUCACAACACAGAGAUACCAAAUUGUGCCUUUGAAGAUACAGUGAAUCUAACGAAUGCCAUAAAAUAUGAUAAUGGUUCCUAUUUGUAUGAGGACGAAGGAGUUUUCAUACCACCUGAUUUAGUGGGUGUCUAUGAAUUUGAAGAGAUCUACGAUGGCAGACGUAUACCAGUGCAACCCCACUUACGUGGCUGUGUGUGCAAGGAGAGAAAUUGCAUUAAGUUUUGCUGUCACCCUACCAAAGAGUUAAUAACCAAUAUGUCGAGAGUGUGUUCGGCAGAUGAAUUGAAAGAGGAGUUGAAAUACGAUCCCUUUAUAGAGGUGAUCUAUGCAAAUGGCUCAAAGUUAAGGACCCAUGCCACCAGACAGUUUGUUGUCAUACAGGGAGUGCCGUGUGAGGGUGGCUAUGCUUUGCUGCCGCAAGAGGAUGAAGAUGAUAAAUGGGAUAUAUUUGAGAAUGGCACAAUGUAUCGUCAUUUCGAUCAGUCAUUUAUAAGUAAAAGAGAUUACUGUUUGAUGCCGCAGAGCAUGAGUGAUGGUACAUGGGUACUAAAUCCCAUGAAUUGUCCCAUACCCAAUGAAGCACCUUUAUCCAGUCGCAUCAACAAUAUUGCCAUGGCCGUAUCAGUGCCUUUUAUUGUCUUAACCAUAUUUGUGUAUCUCUUCAUACCGGAACUGCGAAAUCUUCAUGGCAAAUGUCUGAUAUCAUAUUUAACCUCAUUGGCGGUGGGCUAUAGUGUUUUGAGUACCAUCACUUUAUCCGAAGUGGUAUUUGCCAAUUUCGUAUGCAGCAGCUUAGGUUAUAUUGGUUAUUUCUCUUUUAUGGCUGCCUUCUUUUGGCUCAGUGUUAUUAGCUUUGAUUUGUGGCAGAAUUUCCGUAUCACCGGUCCCAUACGCAUUGGCCAACGUAAACGUUUUAUUAUGUAUUCAACAUAUGCCUGGGGUGUACCACUGUGCUUGACUUUUAUAGUGAUGAUCAUACAGAAUUCGAAUAUGAAUUCGUAUUAUAAGCCGGGCAUUGGUGAUGAAUAUUGUUGGCUGAAAACUAACGAUUGGUCUGCCAUGAUUUACUUUUUUGGCAUAAAUCUAAUCAUUAUACUAUUGGAUACGGCGUUCUUUAUAAUGACCCUGCAUAAGAUAUUGAUAAUUCAAAGGGAAAUUAAAAAGGUUACCAUGAAUGAUGGAGGCAAUGACAAAAGUCGUAAUUUGCGUUUACAUAAAAAUAAUGUUGGCCUGUUUUUGCGGCUGUUAUUGAUAAUGGGUAUAACAUGGCUGUUGGAUAUAUUUUCCUAUAUAGAAAAUCAAUUACAUCCGGGUGUCACAAAUCCCCUGUACUAUAUAAGUGAUUUCAUGAAUGCCAUGACUGGUCUCCUGAUCUUUAUAUGUUUUGUGCUGAAACCCAAAGUAUUGAAACUAAUGAAACGAAGAAUCUUGGGUAGAGAAGAACCAUCUGAAAAUACAGAAUCUGAUUAUUCUGAUGAUGAAUUUGCUUUAGAAGAUCGUGGUAAAAAUGAUGCUCUACAAUUUAUAAAUUAGAUUCCAAAUACUGCGAGAUGGCAAAAUUAAAACAAAUAAUCGAACCGUUACAUCGCAGAUGAGUCUUUCAAAAACCCAGUUGAAUGUUUUAUUGCCUCGUUAAGUCCUGUGUUUAUACUAUUCGGGGUACUCACAGUUUAACAGCAUUUUGUGUAUGUUUGUGCCAUUGUGAGCUGCCUUAAAUUGUAUUUAGUUAAUAGAAUCUCAAUAUCAAUGUGUAAAAAGUGAAAUUAUUUAAAUAUUUAACUAUAUUGCUUUUGUAUAAAUGUAUUUUUUUAGUUUUGUUUGUUUGUAACAGAUUAUAUUUAUAUUUUUUUAUAUACUUACAAAGUUUUUCAUAAUAAAAAAAAGUAAAUAAUAUUUGUAAAA